UCUUCUUUCAAAUUUGGACUCUCCGCUUUCCUUCACUCUCAUCACUCUUCUCUCUCUCUCUUUCUCUCUCUCUCUCUCUCUCUCUCUCUAAAUUCACCAUGAAGAAAGGAACCAAGAGAAAAGCGAGGCACGACGAAGAGCUCAAACAAACCAAGAAGCGAUCCACCAAAAUUAAGCCUCCAAAGCCCGACGAGUACUUCGAGGAUAAGCGCAACUUGGAAGACUUGUGGAGAGAAACAUUCCCUGUCGGAACAGAGUGGGAUCAAUUGGAUUCUGUAUACCAAUACAAGUGGAAUUUCUCUAACCUCGAAAAUGCGUUUGAAGAGGGUGGUGUAUUGCAUGGGAAAAGAGUUUAUCUAUUUGGCUGCACCGAGCCUCAAUUGGUCUGGUUCAAAGAUGAAAGCAAAGUUGUCUGCAUACCUGUUGUUGUGGCUGUUGUAUCACCCUUCCCACCGUCUGAUAAAAUUGGGAUUAACUCAGUUCAGAGAGAGUCUGAAGAGAUAAUUCCCAUGAAACAAAUGAAAAUGGACUGGGUUCCAUAUAUCCCCCUCGAAGAUCGAGAAAGUCAAGUGGAUAGAUUAAAGUCUCAAAUAUUUAUCUUAAGUUGCACCCAAAGAAGGGCAGCAUUGAAACAUCUGAAGUUGGAUCGUGUAAAGAAAUACGAGUAUUGCUUGCCUUACUUCUACCAGCCGUUUAAGGAAGACGAACUUGAACAGAGCACCGAAGUUCCAAUAAUAUUUCCAGCAGAGCCAAAGCCGGUUUUCUGUGAAUUUGAUUGGGAAUUAGAUGAACUUGAGGAGUUCACUGGCAAGCUCAUAGAGGAGGAGGAGUUAUCGAGAGAUCAAAAAGAUACCUUUAAGGAAUUUGUCAAAGAAAAAGUACGUGAAGCGAAGAGAGCUAAUAGAGAGGCCAGGGAAGCCCGAAGAAAAGCCAUUGAAGAAAUGAGUGAAGAAACUAAAGCUGCAUUUGGGAAUAUGAGAUUUUAUAAGUUCUACCCGGUGCAAAGUUCAGAUGCGCCUGAUGUAUCAAAUGUUAAGUCUCCAUUCAUAAACAGGUAUUACGGAAAGGCUCACGAGGUUCUGUAAUUGGAUUCAAGACGAUAACAACUUCAUUUGCAGGCUCGUUUUACCUGCCAAUAGAGAUUUAGUUAUUUAUGACGUUCAGAAGGCAACCACCUGGUGCCUUGUUAGCAGUCUGAUGGGAACAUAGAAUGUAAAAUGAAACUCAGAAAUCCCAGAGAAGUAAAUUAGAUGUUAAGAUAGGAGGAAUAUAUGGGAUGGAUUUCUUAUUUCCAAUUUGUAGAGAAUUUCCGAGAUUCAGGAGCCUCAAUUUGUGUGGCUCUUGCUUGUCUUGGUUUCACUUCUCAGAUUCUUUGUCCAUUGCUAAGUUGUAUGGCAGAUUUUUUAUUAGAAGCUAAAUGAAAAUAAAUUAGUUAUUUAACA